AUUGCGGGCAUGAAGAUAACCCAGCUCUACAUCUACCCCAUAAAAUCCCUCCGUCCCACCGCCCUCUCCCAGUGUCGCAUCACCCGCCAUGGCCUCGCCUACGACCGCCAUUUCAUGCUGCUCAAAGUCCAGCCCGACAGAAGCCUGAAAAACAUGCAGGUCUGCCACAUCCAGCAAAUGGCCCUGUUCACCACAGACGUCAUAUUCCCCGGGAGCAAGUCUGCUGAAGGCGUCGUCGCAGAGGAAGGCAAGGUCCUGGUUAGAUAUCAGGCACCGAUCGGACAUCCGGAUCGGGAUGUUGUUAGGGAACUGGAAAUCCCGCUUGAGCCGACGGACCUUGUGGGCCUGAGGUUUCUGGAGGUCGAUAUGUAUAACAGUAAGACUCGGGCGUACGACAUGGGCCGGGAAUAUUCAGACUGGUUCUCUGAGUGUUUUGGGUUCGAGGUUGUAUUGGCUUAUCUGGGCGGGAACCGGAGGCCGGUGCUGGGCGAUAUCCCGCCCAACGCUGCAGCGAAGAAGGUGAAGGAGAAGAGGGCAGCAGCCGAAUCCCAAUCUGCAUCCAGCAAUCGGGGCUCCGGUGGCUGGUUAACAGGAAUCACCCAGUCUCUGCCGAAUUUCGGAAAUGACACUGGCACUGGCACUCCCUCCUCAGCAAAGGAAAAUAAUGACGAUGCCGGCGACGACGAAUGGAUCACCUUCGCAGACAUGGCGGCGUACCUGGUGGUCUCCGAGACCUCAUUCGGGGAUGUAUCCAGCCGGCUCCCCGAGGGCGAGACGAUGGACGUGACUAAAUUCCGCCCAAACAUAGUCCUCUCCGGCGCCCCGGAGGCGUACGAGGAGGACUUUUGGGGGGAGGUCAUGGUCAAGGACGAUAUCAGGUUCAUCCUCACGGCGAACUGUGCGCGGUGCGUAAGUAUUAAUGUCGACUAUGACACGGGUGCGCCGGGCAGCGGCGAAUCGGGGACCAUGCUUAAGAAAUUGAUGAGGGAUCGCAGGGUUGAUCAGGGGAAUAAAUAUAGUCCUAUCUUUGGGCGGUAUGGGUUUAUUGAUAAGGGUUCUGAUGGGUUGUACAUUGGCGUUGGGGAUGAAGUGGUUGUCUCGAAGAGGAAUGAGGAGCGGACUACGUUUUUCUGGCCAAGGUGAAGAAGGACGUCAUUAUUUUAUUUGGAACGGAAGCCAGACCCUUUGCAAGUGACAUAUGGUGUAGCCUCUAUAAUUUCAACCAGAUAUCAGGAAGCGUUGUGCUACUACAACUGCUGGUAGGCUUAACCCCCUUACAUGCUCUUUUCAACAUUACACAUUCCAUCCAACAUCGGAUACUCCGUCAACGGAUGGUUUAUUUUAUAUUGCUCGGAAGAAUCGGAGUUUAUUUGGAAGCGGAGUUUGGC